GUAUCGUGCCAGGCGGGAGACGGGAUGGGGCGCAGGGUGCAUCUCGGCGGGAGUCCGACCCGCCGCCCCGGCAGCGGGCUCCCCGCGGCACCUCGUCCCGCCGCUGGAAAUGAACCCAGGAAGUAAUGUGAAGGGUCAUGUGAAGCUCUGUCAUAGCAGAAAUUUUCUAAAAGAUUGCUUUACCUAAUUUCAGAAAUUGAGAAGGGAUAAGUGGAAGGAGAAAAUGUUGGGCUGGUGCCAAGCGAUAGCUCGUAACCCUCACAGACUUCCAAACAGCACAAGAACACCCGAGGUCUCAGGUGAUGCUUCACAUAACUCUUCUUUGAAUGAUAAAUCCCCAGGCCGUUCCACAAGUCGAUCAAGUAAUAUUUCAAAGGCAAGCAGUCCUACAACAGGAACAGCUCCCAGGAGUCAGUCACGGUUGUCUGUCUGCCCUUCCACUCAGGAUAUUUGUAGAUCUACUACCUUGCAUGACUUGUCAGAAGAUGAGCUUGAACAUGCAACCCCUGUCAUGGUGCUGACCCCUUCUAAUAGGGAGUCUGGUAAGAAACACGUAAAGCGAAGGUUUAGGCGGAAAAGAGAGACUGGAGACAAUGGUGAGCACACAGAAAAGCAAGGAAAGGGGAAGGACUGUAAACUGCAUCCUGAGCCUCCGAGAUCCAGCUGGAAUGCAUCUGAUUCAUCAUCAUCUUCGGAUGAGAGUCAGUGGGCUCAGGCUAGGAGGAGAGCAAGAGAAAAGGCCAGACUGGCCAGGAGAGGGAGAAGAAGCAAUAGAUCAUGCAGUAACCAGGAUGGGUCCUCAAGCAAUAAUGCUGUUGAACUUGUCACCUUGGGGACAGUGGGAAAAAAGAAACAAGAGGUAUCUGACCCUGAGAAUCCUACUUUAAACCACCGCCGAAGGGUUCCAAGGCUUAAAGAAUCACAGUCUUCAGCAUCAUCUCAGGAAGCAAGGAUUUCCUCAAGAAAAUGUGGGAAAAGCAAAGGGAAAAGCUACCACAGAGAUCGUCAGCCUGCACGUUUCUUUAGACACAGUAAAGAUUUGAAGGACUCCUUUGCAGAGGCAGGCUCUGGCAGUGAUGCUCUGGCAGUCCCAGAUAAUGGAGCACCUGCUGGGGCAGGGCCCACUGUGCCUCGUGCUGUUCAGAAGCCUCCAGUGUUCUAUGAUGACUGGUCUGAUGACUUAGAAGUAUGCAGGAUCUGUCACUGUGAGGGCGAUGAUGAAAGUCCCCUCAUCACACCAUGUCGCUGCACAGGGACCCUGCGCUUUGUUCAUCAGGCCUGCCUGCACCAGUGGAUUAAGAGCUCGGACACGCGUUGUUGUGAACUCUGCAAGUAUGACUUCAUAAUGGAGACCAAGCUCAAACCUCUUCGGAAGUGGGAGAAACUACAGAUGACAACAAGUGAGAGGAGGAAAAUAGUGUGUUCAGUCACAUUCCACGUAAUUGCAAUUACCUGUGUUGUUUGGUCAUUGUAUGUUUUAAUUGAUAGAACCGCUGAAGAAAUUAAACAAGGCAAUGAUAAUGGUGUCCUUGAAUGGCCAUUUUGGACAAAACUCGUUGUAGUGGCCAUUGGAUUCACAGGGGGCCUGGUCUUUAUGUAUGUGCAGUGUAAGGUUUAUGUGCAGCUGUGGCGCAGGUUGAAAGCCUACAACAGAGUGAUCUUUGUUCAGAACUGCCCAGACACCAUCAAAAAACUGGAGGAGAAAAAUUCUUUGUGCACUCAGAGCUCAGACAUCAAGGAUGCGGUGGUGGUGCCAGUAGCACAGACAGGUACAAACUCUCAGUCAGCAGCGGAAGGAACGACAUCUGAGGUCAUGCCAGUUUGACAGAGACAGCAUUGUUUCUUCUUUGCAGUGUAAGGUGUAGUGUAUUCUACACUAUAAAUGCUACAAGAAAGUAGAAAUGACUUUGCAUUUUUUUCAGUUAAAAA